CAUCCUACCACCGGCGCCUCUGAAAUCCAGGCUCUAGGACGCGCGGGGGAGUCGCGGCACGUCGAAUUCGGCUCAGCUGAGAGAAAAGUUCAGCGACUGUAUACAAUGGUUAUAAAUGGGUCUCACCUGAACAGCUCCGCGCCAGACCCCAGCGACAGCGUCCUGAGCCGCCCGCCGUGGGUUACCACAACUUUGGGGUGCUUCCUCAUCUUCACCAUCGUCGUGGACAUCCUGGGCAACCUCCUGGUCAUCUUCUCCGUCUAUCGGAACAAGAAGCUCAGGAACGCGGGGAACAUCUUUGUGGUGAGCCUGGCAGUGGCAGACCUUGUGGUGGCCAUCUACCCGUACCCUCUGGUCCUCACUUCCAUCUUCCACAAUGGCUGGAACCUGGGUUAUGUCCACUGCCAGAUCAGCGGCUUCCUCAUGGGCGUCAGCGUGAUCGGCUCCAUCUUCAACAUCACCGGCAUCGCCAUCAACCGAUACUGUUACAUCUGCCACAGCCUCAAGUAUGAUAAACUGUACAGUGACAAAAACUCAGUCUGCUAUGUGAUGUUGAUCUGGGCACUGACUGUGGUGGCCAUCGUGCCCAACCUCUUUGUGGGUUCACUUCAGUAUGACCCACGGGUUUACUCCUGCACCUUUGAACAGUCAGCCAGCUCAGCGUACACUAUCGCCGUGGUUUUCUUUCACUUUAUUUUACCCAUCAUGAUUGUCACCUACUGCUACCUGCGCAUCUGGAUACUGGUCAUACAGGUGAGGAGACGGGUCAAACCAGACAAUCGGCCCAAGCUAACGCCACACGACGUUAGAAACUUUGUCACCAUGUUCGUGGUGUUUGUGCUCUUUGCUGUUUGCUGGGCGCCGCUCAACUUCAUCGGCCUGGCUGUGGCAAUCAGACCAGAGGUAGUGAUCCCCCUCAUCCCUGAGUGGUUAUUUGUGGCCAGCUACUUCAUGGCCUACUUCAACAGCUGCCUUAAUGCCAUUGUGUAUGGUGUGCUGAACCAGAACUUCCGGCGCGAAUACAAACGCAUCGUAGUGUCAGUGUGCACGGCGCGCAUCUUCUUCCAAGACAGCUCCAAUGAUGCAGGGGAGAGGCUCAAGAGUAAACCGUCACCACUCAUGACCAACAACAACCAGGUCAAGGUGGACUCUGUCUGAGCCAGAACGCUGAGGAAAUCUGAGAGGACAUGAACAGAAAAUGCUGUGACUGAUGGGGGGGAAAAAAAAAAAAAA